AUGGCGUUCAAACCGAAGAAGAAAGGAGGGAUAGAGUCUUCUAGCCUUGUGGAACGCAUUGUGAGGAGGCUGAAGACUUUAAUGGUGGACUCGCGUCGCAAAAGAACCCAGGUUUUCACAUUUGGCUCUAUAGCAGUGGGACUAUUGGUGAUAUAUUUACUGCAGGGUCUUGUCUUGCAUAAAAGUCAACAAGACUCGAAUUUUCCCCCGGUACAUGGUCAUUACACGGAAGAGAUCAUAACAACACAGCCUUUGAUUUUCCCUCCAAUUGAACAUGCGGAACGUCUGAAACAAUUGAACCUCAGAAACCUCCACAUGCUGCGAAUCGACUUGGAUGGGAACAAAAAAUAUGUUUUGAAGGAAGACGAUAAGCCCAUAACUGACAAGGAACGUAAAGAAAUCACAGACGAAUUCGAACUUGUGAAACGGGAGUAUUUGGACCACGGUAAAAGGAUAUAUCGCAAAGGAUCAGAAUCGCCUGAAGUUGUGGUUGUCACACUAGUGGACUUUGAUCAAAACAGCGCCGAUACACUUAUUCCCGUGGUUCAAAACAGGGUUGACUACGCGCAGAGACAUCGGUACGGUGUAUACGUGCGUUGGGCUCAAGAAUUCAUUCCCACAGUCGAUAAUCAGGAUUUGCCAAAAACGUACGAGUAUCUCAAGCCUCUGAUGAUGCGUGCUGCGAUGCAUGCUUUUCCAAAGGCCAAAUAUUUUUGGUUCUUGGACCAGCACGCCUUGAUCAUGCGCAUGGAUUUAUCAUUGCAAACCCAACUGCUGGACCGGAAAAUUCUGGAGAUCGCCGCGUUGAAAAACGUUCCUGUUUUAAAGGGCUCCAAUAUUAAGACUUAUAAUCACUUCGUCCCAGACCUUGCCGAGGUGAUCAUUCCUCAGACGAACGAGGGCCAGUUGGACUCGAAUUCUUUCAUCGUCAAGGCCGGCCUCUACGGUAAAGCAUUCAUGGACUAUUUGGGCGAUCCGCUUGUGCGCGACUAUCCAUGGUCAUCUUUCUCGGCAAGCGUCGGACACGCUUUGCAAUGGCACCCCAACUUUCUUGCCAAAGCCGCUUUGGUGAUUCCUAAAACUAUCGCCAGCGUCUAUGACCCUGCUAAGUCAACCACAGAAAAGGCGAACAUUGAUGAUUUUCACUACACGCAAGGCGAUUUUGUCGCUUUGUUCAACGGUUGUCAGGAAAGAGGAUCGUGUGCCAGCGACCUGGCCUUGCUCUACCAGCAAGUCCAGAAAUAA